AUGAAUCCAGAAGAUUCGACUAAUCUUGAGAUUUUAAAAGUUCCUAAUGUUGAUGGUUUUUAUGAAGAGCUCGAGGCCUCACCAGAGACAUUACACUAUUCUCAAUCACGCGAAUUUUUCGAAAUAUUACUUAAUUAUUUCCAGCAAUCAAUCGAUGAGGAAACAGGAAAUCUAAUUCUUUAUACAAUCGCAAAGGUCUUAUGCAAUGAUAGACAUUUAGAUGUUUUUAUUAAAGAAAAUUUUGCGUUACAAUUACCAUAUCGUCAGAGAAUGUUCCAAGAUUCAGUGUUCGAGAUUAUAUUUGUUCUCGUUAGUCUUGGACCUCAUUGCUUUGAUGAUAGCAGAAUUACAAAACAAUUUGCGCCGUUAAUCAAGCGAAAUCCAAAGAAAUCAUUAACAAUUCUUGCUAUUUACGCACAGAAGUUCGCAUAUAUUGAAAAUCCAUGGCCAAUGGUUGAUCUUUUAAUUCAAGAAUCUCAGAGAUUUAUUGGCCCAGAAUUAGCCGCAAAUUAUGUAUCACUUCUCACAACAUUAUGCAUAAAGUAUGAAGACUACUGCCAAGGUCGUGCAGAACAUUGCUGGCGUAAAAUUUGCGCCCUUUUAAACGAAACUGAUAUAAUGACACUUAAAGUCGUUUACUGCGGACUUUGCAAUAUCUCGAAAGUCUAUACAGGAGGCGAACUUCCUAUUGAUCCUAUUCGAGCCCAUCUUCGCGUAAAAGAUUUACAAAGACCUGUUCUUACUCUUUUAAUUUCUGUUCCAUUACAUGGCGAAGAAAGUUGCGAUCGACCACUUCUACAAACUCUUUGCUCUCUUUCAGAGCGCGAUGACAAAGCAACGAUGGUUCUCAUGAAAGCGUCCUCAGAUCCCGUAUUUGCAGACUUUCUUGUAGAAAAUGCUAAGCUCUGGCUUGGAAAAGAGCUUCCAACACCAAUAGAAACACUUAGAUUGUUCUUGAGCGUGUUCAAAUUUAAAGAAUUGCGCCAAACAAUUGCAGAGAGUCCAGAUUUCUAUGAAUUCCUCAAGAUGAUAACAAACCAAGAAAAUGGAAACUCUCUUUCAAUGCUUUGCACAAUAAUCAGAAGAAUUGAACUUAAUGAACAAAUUAUUUCGAAUUUGUCAGACAGUGGAUUCCUCAGAGCUUUCUUUGCAAUGGCUGCCGACUUGAAUACAACAACAUCAAAGCAUUCCGCGCUGUUAAUGCUCGAUACAAUUUCUAGAAUCGCUUAUUCAAGAGAAUUUAUGAAGAUGUGCGAUAUGAUUAAUGACAUAAUCAACGAAAGAGGAGAAUUAACUGAAGUAGCAAUACUUGUUGCUGCUGAACUUUGCACUUAUAAGAAAUGUGAGUUAGCUUUUAAGAGAAAGAGGCUCGAUGAAUACAUUAAAACACUGCUAGUUGAUCCACAGCUUAAAAGACCAGCACAAAAAUUCUUGGAUUCAAUUUCAUAA